ACUAGAACCAGAACCAUCAAGGAUCAUUCAAAGCAAAUGAAGAACCAUAACCUUACAUGGCUAAGUCUUUCCCUUUCAAUUCUCAUCACCUUCUUCAGUCACUCUCAUGCAAAACAAAUUCAACCCAUCUCAGAUUUCCACACAAUUGAGCACUUCCUCAACAAAACCUAUGAAUGGUUGAGCCACCAAAGAGCACAGCACAACCAUGAAACCCCACUAAAAUUUUCAGCCCCCAUUGUGUUUGCAGGAAUCUUCUGCUUCCUAGCUGCCUCUAUAUCCAGUGCUGGUGGAAUUGGUGGUGGUGGGCUGUUCAUACCAAUAUUGACCUUGGUGGCAGGUCUGGACCUCAGAACAGCCUCCAGUCUGUCAGCUUUCAUGGUCACAGGAGGCUCAGUUGCAAAUGUCAUCUACAACUUGUGCAAAGGAAGUGCCAAGUUUGGUGGCAAAAAUGUGAUUGAUUAUGACAUAGCACUUCUGUCAGAGCCAUGUAUGUUGCUGGGAGUAAGUGUUGGAGUGAUUUGCAACCUUGUUUUUCCAGAGUGGCUGAUCACCAUACUCUUUGCUCUGUUUCUUGCUUGGUCUACCUCAAUGAGCUGCAAAAAUGGUUUGGUGUACUGGAAAAUGGAGUCAGAGGAGCUGAUGAGAAAUGAUUGUGAGAAUUUGGGAAAUGGGUUGAAUGCUGAAACAGAAGGGGUCAAGGGUAUUGCAGAACCGGUCUUAGGAACAAAUGGAAAGGGAAGACUUCCAUGGACAAAAAUGGGAGUCUUAGUUCUGGUAUGGUGCUCUUUCUGCAUCAUCUACCUUUUUCGUGGCAACCGGUAUGGACAGGGUAUCACCCCAAUAGAGCCUUGUGGAAUAGGUUAUUGGGUUCUCUCAUCAGUCCAAAUCCCUCUUGCCAUAAUCUAUACAGCCUGGAUCCUAUGCAGAAAAGAGAACCUUCAACAUCAUACUUUAAACCAAAAGAAUAUUGAGGACCUGCCAAAGGUUAGACCAUCAAAACUAAUUUUCCCACUAAUGGCACUAUUAGCAGGGAUUUUGGGGGGUGUCUUUGGGAUCGGGGGUGGAAUGCUUAUAAGCCCUCUUCUUGUACAAGUUGGGAUAGCACCUGAGGUAACAGCAGCAACUUGUUCUUUCAUGGUGUUCUUCUCGUCUUCCAUGUCGGCGUUUCAGUACUUGUUGUUGGGCAUGGAGCAUGCAGAUACUGCACUCGUCUUUGCCAUCAUGUGUUUUGUUGCAUCACUUCUUGGACUUGUAGUUCUGCAGAGAGCAAUUAAAGUGUAUGGAAGGGCUUCUCUCAUUGUAUUUUCAGUUAGUACAGUGAUGGCUUUGAGUACUGUUCUGAUGACAAGCUUUGGGGCUCUUGAUGUGUGGAGAGACUAUGUAUCUGGAAAAUACAUGGGAUUCAAACUACCAUGUUAAUAAUAACAAUAAUCCCAAACAAACAAAAAAAUUAUGUCAAAACAAAUUUUG